AACCUACUUCUCGUUUACUAGAAGAUAGAGGAUAGACUUUAAUAUUUGACUAUACAGCAGAAAUUAGAAUGAGAAAACUACUCCUCUUUGGUGCAAUAUGCAUUGGUAUAUAUGUUGCCUACGAAGUUCAACGAAUUGAUGUACCAGCAGGUUUUUCAAAACCUGGAUCCUUAAGGAUCGUUAAAUUCAUUUACGGCGGCAUCAAUGACCUCCAAAAUUUGUGUGUUUCUCUCGGAUUAGUCUCUUUUUCUGACGGAAAACGCUUUAUCUUCAAUGCGCUUGCAUCUACAUCCGACAUAUUCAGCAGAGAUCGUGAUUGGACGGAUGCAACUUGGGAUAAUACAAAGGUUCGAAUCUAUACUAAUGAUAAAGUAGAAGAAAAUGGUCCAGCUUUCGUGUUCAUCCAUGGCGGAGGUUGGGUUAGCGGCUCACCGAAAUCACAUCAUCCUGUUGUUCAGAAAUUAUUCAACGAAUUGCAAAUAUUUACGGUUUCCUUAGAUUAUAAAAUGGCUCCUGAGCAUAAAUAUCCUGGUCCAGAGGAUGAUUGCGAAGCGGCAAUUGUUUAUUUGAUGAAAAAUGCAAAAAUAUUCAAAAUUGACCCAAAGAAAAUUAUGGUUGGAGGAGACAGUGCCGGGGGGCACCUUAGUAUUCAGAUGGCACAUAGAUUUGUUAACAGACCAGAUCACCUUCCCUCAUUAAGAUCAAUUAUUUCCAUCUAUCCAGUUACUCAGCCGUAUAGUCUUUCGGGACCUAGUUAUAAAGUCAAUGAAAAUCACCAUCUAUUGCCAACUGAAAACAUGGCGAAAUAUUGGUCGCUCUAUAUGACUGGUACGUUUGAGUGGGAGGAGAUAUUUAGAAAGAACCUUCAAACUAAGUGUUCCUAUUUGAAAGAAUUGCAUCAAUCCAAAAUACUAGAUUUUCAUUUUCCUAAUAAAUAUGAUUAUGGAAAAGAACUAUCAGAAAACGAAGAAUGCGAAUAUAGCAAAGAAUUUUGGGAUCAAUACGGAUAUCUAUUCCAAGACGAUAAAUUCUCGAUCCUUUUAAAAAAUUUCACAAACUUUCCACCAACUUUUCUCGCAACAAUGCAGUACGACGUUCUCCGGGACGAUGGUCUCCUCGUUUUAAGGAGACUUCAGAAAUAUGGAGUUAAAGUGGAACAUUAUCACGAUCCCAAAGGAUUUCAUGUUCUUCUCAAUCUGGUUGACUUCUGCCUCGAAAACAAACAGUUGAUAGGAUCCAUAGUUCAAUUCAUUAAACAACAUAGUUGA